AUGCCUAGCAGAAUGGGCUCAAAAAUGGAUUUGAACAAAGACUUCAUCAGAGUAAAAACACACUAUAGUGGGGACAUCCUGAUAACAAACUUGGAUGCAUCAAUGAGCUAUGAUGAACUUUGUGAUGAAGUACAUGAGAUGUGUAAUUUACAGCAGGAACAGCCAAUUACCCUCAAGUGGAUUGAUGAUGAAGGUGACCCAUGUACCAUCUCUUCUCAGAUGGAGCUGGAAGAAGCUUUCCGUUUGUAUUGUCAGAACAGAGAUGAAGGGCUGAUUAUUCAUGUUUUCCCAAGUAUUCCAGAGAAACCUGGCAUGCCUUGUCCAGGAGAAGACAAGUCAAUCUACCGCCGUGGAGCCAGAAGAUGGAGGAAGCUGUACCGAGUGAAUGGGCAUUUGUUUCAAGCCAAACGUUUUAACAGAAGAGCAUACUGUGGCCAGUGCAGUGAAAGGAUAUGGGGUCUCGGAAGGCAAGGCUACAAGUGUAUCAACUGCAAGUUGUUGGUCCAUAAGCGUUGCCAUAUACUUGUUCCACUGACCUGCAAAAGGCAUAUGGAUUCGGUCAUGCCUUCCCAGGAACCUCAGUUAGAUGAUAAAAACAAUGACGUUGGCCUCCCUUCAGAAGAAACUGAUGGAAUUCCCUACAUUCCUUCAAACCGGAAACAUGACAACAUUGAAGAUGACUCUGAGGAAAUCAAACCGGUCAUUGAUGGAAUGGAUGGAAUUAAGAUUUCUCAGGGGCUUGGACUACAGGACUUUGAUUUAAUCAGAGUUAUCGGACGCGGAAGUUAUGCCAAAGUUCUUUUAGUUCGGUUAAAAAAGAAUGAUCAAAUUUAUGCUAUGAAAGUAGUGAAAAAAGAAUUGGUCCAUGAUGAUGAGGAUAUUGAUUGGGUACAGACAGAGAAACAUGUGUUUGAACAGGCAUCCAGUAACCCAUUCCUAGUUGGUUUACAUUCAUGCUUUCAAACAACAAGUCGAUUGUUUCUUGUCAUAGAGUAUGUAAAUGGGGGAGAUCUUAUGUUUCAUAUGCAACGGCAAAGGAAGCUUCCUGAAGAACACGCAAGGUUUUAUGCUGCUGAAAUUUGUAUUGCUCUAAACUUUCUCCAUGAAAGAGGCAUAAUCUACAGAGAUUUAAAACUAGAUAAUGUUCUUCUAGAUGCAGAGGGUCAUAUCAAAUUAACAGAUUAUGGCAUGUGCAAGGAAGGUUUGGGCCCUGGUGACACUACAAGCACUUUCUGCGGGACACCAAAUUACAUUGCACCAGAGAUCCUCAGAGGAGAAGAAUAUGGGUUCAGUGUGGACUGGUGGGCGCUCGGCGUGUUGAUGUUUGAAAUGAUGGCAGGAAGGUCUCCGUUUGAUAUUAUUACUGACAAUCCAGACAUGAACACUGAAGAUUACCUCUUCCAAGUUAUUCUUGAGAAGCCAAUCCGGAUUCCAAGGUUUCUUUCUGUCAAGGCUUCCCACGUGUUAAAAGGAUUUUUAAACAAGGAUCCCAAAGAAAGGCUUGGUUGUCAGCCACAGACAGGAUUUUCUGAUAUCAAGUCUCAUACGUUUUUCCGGAGCAUAGACUGGGAUAUGCUGGAGAAGAAGCAAACCACCCCCCCGUUCCAGCCUCAGAUCACAGAUGAUUAUGGUCUGGAUAAUUUUGACACACAGUUCACCAGCGAGCCUGUGCAGCUAACCCCGGAUGAUGAAGAUAUAAUAAAGCGAAUAGAUCAGUCAGAGUUUGAAGGAUUUGAAUACAUUAAUCCAUUGUUGCUGUCAACAGAAGAAACGGUAUGAAGGAAUGACAUCUUUGUUGUGGACAGUGCGAAUGACCUUUAAUUAAUCCUUAACCACAGUAUAUGCAUGCGAGGCUGGGGAACUGUAACAUUUUGGAUGGAGACCAAUGGUUAAAAAAAAAACCCCAACAAAUUGCUGCUGAAAAUCAAAGAAGAGAACAAUGAUUUUGGUGGGUGUCUUCUGCCACUUGGUGAUUCUUAAGUUGUGGGCACUGACACAACUGGCUUCAUUAAUGAAGGAAUUUGCAUUUUGUGCCUGUUUCAUGAAGGAUUGAGACAUUCAUUGCAUCCCUGGAAAAGGAGAUUUUGGAAAACUUUGAGACCCACACACUUCCUACAAACACUUGAUGCAAUGAGCUACCAAUUGAAGAGUAUUACAGUGUAACAUCCUGAAGAAUAAAAUACAUUACGGUGGUGUUGAAGCUUA